UGUGAGAGGGAGAGAAACCCCCUCCUCUCCUCCUUAACUAUCCGAUCAGCAACGGAGGGAUUAGUCAAGCCAGGUCCGAUCACUCACUACUAACACACGGGGAGGGGGGGAUUGUAAAGCGUGAAUCAUGCUCGUCGUCAUUACUACCGACUGGGAGUGGAGCCGAAAUUGUGCAAGAUACGGAUAACAGCGAAGGAAGGUCCGUGUGUGGAUCGAGUCAAGUUUCCCAGGUCUCCUCAUUCUACCGUGAAAAUGCCUCACUGGGAGCUCUGCUGCCACCGCUGCUGCUCCGACCCUCACACGCACUUCAUGCUGAAGAAGUGACCUGGAGAAACCUGCAAGGAGCAAAACACCAACAGCGUGCGGGAUAUUUGAGAUUUUUCUUUUUUUCGCCGUGCGGAGAUUUUGUGAAGUGGACGAGUCAGGAAAGGAUCUGGAGGUGGAGGGGGGAGAGUUAUACUUCUUGGUGUGAAAGCGCAGCGGAGGAAACAUGGGGAACGCAGGGAGCAUGGACCAGCACACUGAUUUCAGAGGACAUAACAUGCCUCUAAAACUCCCCAUGCCGGAGCCAGGUGAACUGGAGGAAAGAUUUGCCAUCGUGUUGAACUCGAUGAAUCUUCCUCCAGACAAAGCUCGACUGUUGCGGCAGUACGACAACGAGAAGAAGUGGGAACUCAUCUGCGAUCAGGAGCGAUUCCAAGUGAAAAACCCCCCUCACACGUACCUCCAAAAGUUGAGGAGUUAUCUCGAUCCGGCAGUCACAAGAAAGAAAUUUAGACGGAGAGUUCAGGAAUCCACCCAAGUCCUAAGAGAACUGGAAAUUUCGUUACGGACCAAUCAUAUAGGGUGGGUGAGAGAAUUCUUAAAUGAAGAGAACAAAGGCUUGGACGUGUUGGUGGAGUAUCUGUCUUUUGCACAGUAUGCCGUCACGUUUGAUGGAGACUGUGUGGAGAACAACCCAGACGCUAUGAUGGAUAAGUCAAAGCCCUGGAGCCGCUCUAUAGAAGACCUACACGGUGGGAGCACCCUGCCGUCUCCCAUCACCGGGAACAGCAUUACACGAGCCGGGCGACACUCCACGUUACGUUGUAACACACUGCCCAGCCGGAGAACACUGAAAAACUCCAGACUGAUCUGUAAGAAAGAUGAUGUUCACGUCUGCAUCAUGUGCCUACGCGCUAUCAUGAACUACCAGUAUGGCUUCAACAUGGUCAUGUCGCAUCCACACGCUGUGAAUGAAAUUGCACUAAGUCUCAACAAUAAAAACCCAAGAACUAAAGCUCUGGUCUUGGAGCUCCUGGCGGCGGUUUGUCUCGUGAGAGGAGGCCACGAAAUUAUUCUCUCUGCGUUCGACAACUUUAAGGAGGUAUGUGUGGAGGAACAGCGGUUUGAGAGACUAAUGGAGUAUUUCAAGAAUGAGGACAACAACAUUGACUUCAUGGUGGCAUGUAUGCAGUUCAUCAACAUUGUCGUGCACUCAGUGGAGGACAUGAACUUCAGAGUUCAUUUACAAUAUGACUUCACCAAACUGUGUCUGGAUGACUACUUAGACAAACUAAAACAUACAGAGAGCGAUAAGCUGCAAGUUCAGAUUCAGGCCUACUUAGACAAUGUGUUUGACGUGGGAGCCCUCCUGGAGGAUGCAGAGACCAAAAACGCAGCGCUGGAGCGCGUGGAGGAGCUGGAGGAGAACAUGUCACAUAUGACAGAGAAGCUGCAGGACACAGAGAAUGAGGCCAUGUCCAAGAUCGUGGAGCUGGAGAAGCAGCUGAUGCAAAGGAACAAGGAUCUCGAAUCCAUCAGGGAAGUCUACAAAGAUACCAACUCACAAGUGCACACACUGCGGCAGAAAUUGAAAGAGAAGGAUGAGGCCAUUCAGCGGCAGUGUAAUUUAGAGAAGAAAAUCCAUGAGUUGGAGAAACAGGGAACCAUCAAGAUCCAAAAGAAGGGAGAUGGAGACAUCUCCAUCCUGCCCUCACCACCCUCGGGAGGGGAGGGUUUGCGUGGCGCCAUAAUAGGAGGAAACGGCGCAUCUGUCAGUCCAAACCAUGUGGGAAGUGGAGUGGGCACAUCCACUCAGCCACCACCACCUCCACCCCCUCCACUGCCAGAGAACAGCACACUGCCAAAUGGUCCAUCAUCAAUUAGUCCAGCAGCAGCAGCACCUCCCCCACCUCCACCACCUCCACCUCCACCCCCACCCCCAGGACCAGAGAUGUCAGUCCCUCUGCCCCCUCCGCCGCCUCCUGUAGCCCCCCCACUGCCAGGCUGCGGGACCCCCACAGUCAUCAUGAACUCUGGGUUAGCAGCUGUUAAGAUCAAGAAACCCAUCAAGACAAAGUUCCGUAUGCCCGUCUUUAACUGGGUAGCCCUGAAACCCAAUCAGAUCAACGGGACUGUCUUCAAUGAGAUCGAUGAUGAGCGGAUACUAGAGGACCUGAAUGUGGAUGAAUUUGAGGAAAUGUUUAAGACGAAAGCUCAGGGCCAACCGAUUGACCUCACUAUGAGCAAGCAGAAGGUCAUCCAGAAGGGACCCAACAAGGUGACGCUGCUGGACUCCAACAGAGCGAAGAACCUGGCCAUCACACUGAGGAAAGUGGGCAAGACACCGGAGGAGAUCUGCAAGGCCAUUCAGAUCUUCGACCUGCGGACUCUGCCAGUAGACUUCGUAGAGUGUCUGAUGCGCUUCCAGCCCACAGAGAACGAGAUUAAAGUCCUCCGUCAGUUUGAAAAGGAGCGGAAACCACUGGAAAGCCUGACAGACGAGGACCGCUUCAUGAUGCAGUUUAGUAAGAUUGAGCGGCUCAUGCAGAAAAUGACCAUCAUGGCCUUCAUCGGCAACUUCUGCGAGAGCGUGCAGAUGCUGACACCGCAACUCCAUGCAGUCAUCGCAGCCUCUGUGUCCAUCAAAUCAUCACAGAAACUAAAGAAAAUUCUAGAGAUUAUUUUGGCUCUUGGAAACUACAUGAACAGCAGUAAGAGAGGAGCUGUAUACGGAUUCAAGCUGCAAAGUUUAGAUUUGCUACUUGAUACCAAGUCGACGGACCGCAAGAUAACGCUGUUACACUACAUAGCCAAUGUGGUAAAGGAGAAAUACACACAAGUGUCUUUCUUCUACAAUGAGCUGCACUAUGUGGAGAAAGCUGCAGCAGUGUCGCUGGAGAAUGUCCUGCUGGACGUCAAGGAGCUGCAGAGAGGCAUGGAGCUGACUAAAAGAGAAUAUAGCAUGCACGGCCACAACACCAUGCUGAAAGACUUCAUCACGCACAACGAGAGCAAGCUGAAAAAGCUGCAGGACGAUGCCAAGAUUGCACAGGAUGCUUUCGAUGAGGCAGUGAAGUUCUUCGGGGAGAAUUCCAAAACCACGCCGCCGUCUGUCUUCUUCCCAGUGUUUGUUCGUUUUGUUAAGGCUUACAGGCAAGCGGAAGAGGACAACGAGCAAAAAAAGAGACAGGAGCAGAUUAUGAUGGAGAAACUUCUAGAGCAGGAGGCCAUGAUGGAGCAAGACCAGAAGUCUCCAUCUCAUAAGAACAAGCGGCAGCAGCAAGAGCUGAUCCAGGAGCUCAGGAGGAAACAGGUGAAAGACAGCCGCCAUGUCUACGAAGGCAAAGAUGGAGCGAUUGAGGACAUCAUCACGGAUUUGAGGAAUCAGCCUUACAGGCGAGCAGACGCUGUGCGGAGGAGUGUCAGGAGACGCUUUGAUGAUCAAAACCUGCGGCCGGUGAACAACGGCGAAGUGGUCAUGUGAUGAGGGAACAGUGCAUGUGCUCGGGGAGGGGGGGUGGGGUAGUGAGGAUGUGUAGCAACAAGAGAGAGAGAGAAACAGAAGGUUGGAAGACGAGUGAAGGAUGAUAAGUGAAAGAUGGAUGUAGUGUGUGUAUAUAUACACGUUAUUCCAUAUCUGUGGUAUAGUAGCAGCAGCUUUUCAUUAUGAAGGAUCGGGACAUGUGUGGGACCGAAUUUAAAGAGUCUGAAAGGUUAAAUAAGUAACCUUAGACAAGCAAAGUGCCUGAACUUAUUUUGUUUUUUUAUAUCCCCACUUCAAGCAAUACAACUUGAGCUGGCUUUAAUCUUAAAGAUGUGUAAAACUGGACAUGCAGUGGCCUUAAGAAGCCACGCGAAGAGAUGCUCUUCCUCGGAGACAGGAUGUAGAAUGUAUGGGACAUGUUCCCCAUAGCUGUUACAAACAUUACAUCAUUGGUGUUGUUAAUGAUCUGUUGUAUCUUUGGUACAUUCCAGUACUCAUUUCCAUUCCACAAUACUAUACUAUAUCAGUUUUCACAUCUCAUGAGGUUCCUCCAUUUUGACUAAAAGGGCUGAUGAUCAGGCAUGAAGAAAGCGAUCAGAAAGUGAUUAAAAUUCUAUAUUUGUACUAAAGCGAGUAUAGGGAGGAUGAAGAACGAAUGAAAAAGAUUUUCAACAAAAGACCGUGCUAAUGUGAAUUGUAUAUAUGAGGCCUCUUCAAACUGGUGCAUACUUCCUUCUUUUGCAUCAUUUGUUGCUACAGUUAAAGGGUCACACCUGAUUUUGUAGCUCUUAAUCCAUAGUCGGGUGCAUGCUUACACAAAACAAUUAUUUCCAUUUAAAAUGUUGCAUUUCUGUUGCAACACAGCAACUGUCCAGUUUCUGGGAACAAGUCAAGCCUGUAAAUGACCUAAAGUACAUUUUCUGCCACGUGCAGAGCGUGUAAAGAAAGAUACUGAACCUUACUGGAUGAUCUUCAUGUUCAAAACUGGAAAUAUACGUUAGCAUUUUUAUCUCUGUAAACUAUUUACAGGUUAAUCAUUUUCCCGGCUACUGCGUCUGCGCAUUUAACUGUAAUUUUAAUGUAUAGUAUUUAACCACUGAAAAAGAUUCCAUAAAGCUUCAUCUAAUGGGUCUCCAUGGUUUUUACAGCACAGUUAUUUUAAAAAAACAUGGCAAAAGAAAGUACACAACACACAAAAAAGUUUCCUAACUGUACAGAUAUUUUGCUACAAACCAUGUUUUUUUUUUUUUUUUUUUUACUUAAUUCACAUUACCAGAUGGUUAAUAUUGUACAUAUUGUUUAAACAAAGUUUUCAUUGCCUUGUGCUAUACAACUUGAAUGUUAUUUUAACUUAUAGUUUUUGUUUCCUUUUUUUUUUUGUAUAUUUAAUUAAGCCAAAUGCAGCCAGAAUCUACAGUAGUGUGUUAGGUCAUAAUGUCUUGCAGUCAAGCAGAACUCACCGGAUCAUUGAAUUUGCCAGCGGGUGUGUCACAGGUGUAUCAAAGCCAGCUGCAAAAGCAUGCAACAAGUUCUGAAUCUGAAGUGUUGGUACAUUUAAACUUUCUCUGGUUAUGUCCUGUUUAGACUCUUAAUCAUACACGCUAGUAUCAGUUAGUUUACCUGUGACAAGCUGGUUUUGUUGCUUAGUGAUACACCCAUCUGUAAUUAUCUCCACUGAAGCAUGUGCUCCCAUCCAUCUCAUUUUCUCUCAGCUUCACUGUCUGUAAUAGUGUCAUUUCUCUAACUCUGGAUAAUACUGGCAUGUUUUUUUUUUUUUUUUCGAUCUUCAUCAGAACUGUAUUUUAGGCAGUUUGUGCUUACUACAAAAUAACAAGCUUUUUAAAUUAGGUGAUAUGAGAUUUUCAAUGAAUAUGAUCAAAAAAUAAACUAUUUACAUUGGAUAUAAAAU